AUGCACUAUUGUUAUUAUGCUCUCCUAAUUGCUAUCACCAUUGGCCACUCGUCACUCGCUUUCCGUCUCCAGGGAGUAGCCGUGAAGGGCAAGUUGACGUGUGGUGGGAAGCCGUGGAAGAAUGCGAAAGUCAAGUUGUAUGAUAUUGAUACGAAUCCCGGUGACUCCGAUGACCUACUCGACGAAAAGUACACUGACAAGGACGGCGAGUUCCGUGUCGAUGGAACCACCCGUGAAAUGACUCCAAUCGACCCGGUUCUCUAUAUUUAUCAUGAUUGUGAGGACUCCAUUAAACCAUGUCAAAAGAGGAUAACAUUAAUAAUACCAAAAAAGUUUAUACAUUUCGGACAAGCCACUGCAUGGAUGGACAUCGGGACACUCAGUCUGGAGACAGGGUUUCCGGAACAGGAUAGGAGUUGUUAUCAUUGA